UACAGAUAGGGACAGACGCACGUGCGUCAGCGAGCGUGACCCACAGUAGGAAGAGGACUGCGUGCGCAUGCGUACCAGUGAUCAACAGUGAAGCUGUCAGGAAUAACCGUGUGUCGGAGAUGCGUUGGUUCCAGGGCUCCAUUCCUGACGCCAUCAGCUAUGCUAAACAGCGCACCUUUAUCUUUGUGGUUGUUAUCGCAGGGGAUGAUGAGCAGUCAGCGCAGCUGAUGUCUACCUGGGAGGACCAGCGUGUCUCAGAGGCGGCUGAGAGCUGCUGUGUGGCCAUCAAAGUGGACGCCAGCAGUGAUACAUGUGUGCAGUUUUCCCAGAUCUACCCCGUGGUGUGCAUACCCUCCAGCUUCUUUAUUGGAGACAGUGGGGUUCCUCUGGAGGUGGUUGCUGGAUGUGUGUCCCCUGAUGAACUGGUGAAGAGAAUCAGCAGAGUCAGUCAGAUGCAAACUCGGCAAAUUGGAAGUGGUGGAACAGUAACAGAACCUAGUGUUCCUGUGGAUGCCAGCAGAGCUCCAGAUGCUGCUUCAACUCCUGCGCCUGCGAGGUUGGAACCAGCAGCCAGUGAGCCUGCAGAUGGAUCCCGAGGAGCAGAAGCAUCCGUCUCUGGUACCAAGGAUGAAGGCAGACCUUCAAGCAUUCAGACUCCUGCAGAGAAGACCUCUGAUCAGGCUGCAGAGUGUCCCGAGGGGGAAGAAGACCUGGACUCUAAAGUAGAAAGAUUAAACAAAGUAUUGGAGGAGAAAAGGGAGCAAAGAAAGAAAGGAGAGGAAAAGAAUGAAGUCAGAAAAGAAAUCGAGCGCCGUAAGAUGGGGAAGAAUGUGCAGGAUUUUAAAAGGAAGCAGGAAGAGGAGAACAACAAGCGAAUUUUGGAGGAAAGGAACAGAGAGAAGGCCGAAGAGAAGGCUGCUAGGGAGAGGGUCAGGCAACAGAUUGCCAUGGAUCGAGCUGACAGAGCAGCCCGCUAUGCCAAAACACUGGAGGAGGAAAAUGCUGCUAAGCAGGCUCGUUUACUGGCCAUGCAGGCGGACCUGGAGGCCAAGAAGGAAGCAGGAUUAAGACAGAGGAGUGCUGUAGCCAGGAUACAGUUCCGGCUCCCAGAUGGGUCAUCCUUCACCCACCAGUUCUCAUCUCAGACCAGGCUGCAGGAGGCCUGGGACUUUGCCGCUGAGCAAGUGGGAAAUCGCUAUGGGCACUUCUCUUUAGCGACCAUGUUUCCUCGACGAGAGUUCACCAGUGAAGAUCUAAGCAGAACCAUGCUGGAGCUGGAGCUGAAUCCCAGUGCGUCCAUUGUGGUCCUGCCACAGUUAGGAAGGCCUCCUAACACUGUGUUCCAGUCCUCUGGCCCAAUUCUCUGGACUGUGCUGGGCUCUCUGCUCUACCCUCUGAUAGCGGUGUGGAGAUUCCUCAGCUCCUUCUUCGUUACUCCAGCCUCUUCUGCUUCAGUUUCAACGAACCCCAGCCAACACUUCAGCUCUCACACCAACGCCCCCUCAGACCAAACUAAAAGAGAAACUCCCUCCAAGCGCAGUCUGGAGACCCAGCCCCGGGACUUCAAGAAAGAUGGAAAAAUCUGCAGGCUUCGGACUCAGGAUGACAGUGAGGAUGACAACAACACCUGGAACGGGAACUCUACCCAGCAGAUGUAAUUCUUCCCUCACCAGGGUCUUCUGUUAUCAAUUAGUUUAUUCUACUCAGUCUCUGAUGAGGUGGAGUUUUCAGAUUCACAUGAGUGUUGUUCAUGACGGGCUCUCCAUCAGGUUGAAAGUCCCAGUCUGAGAAUGGUUAUUUUUAAACCUUCUAACAACAAACCGGUUUAAAGCAGCCAUACUGGCAGAGGGCUUUAGUUUCAGAUCCCUUUGAGCCCAGUUGUCCAUCAUCAUAAAACGUUAAAACUUCCAGUUACUAAUGAUUACUGCCUGACUCUAAUGAGCUAGUUCCUGAUAAUGAGACUUGUCAGAAGGUCUGCUGCUGUUGCUGACUCUCAGCAUGACCGUGUGUGUAAUCAGUUGUUUUUGGGUGAUAUCUGUAGUUUUCUUCAUUCAGCAAUCAUGAAUAAAAAUUUCUGUUUCCAGAA